AUGAUUGUCUUCGAUUUUGUGUUCCUGAGCGGCUCCGAGGGCGAGGAAUCCCCAGCCAGGCGCUACAACCCCCAGCACACUUACCAGCAUCCCCUCUACCAGCAGCCGGCCGGCCUCAGCGACACCCCCACCUCCGAGAACGCUUCCGACGCCACCUUGACCGAUUCCGAGUUGGCCUUGGCCAGGGACUCCACGCUGCUCGUACACAACGGUGAGUGCAACCAGUGCAACCAAAUUAUUCUUCUGUAA